AUGGCACCUGCAACAAUAACAACAGCAUCCGGUGCAUCCUGGCAAGAGGUUGCCAAAGAUAGACAGAGAUAUCGAGAUGAGACUAUCGCAGCUAUCAAGCCACCUAUCCCAGAUGUCACGGAUAUUCCAUUGAAUACGUUAUCAGUUGCGAGAAAAGUACUUACAUCCGAGGAGAUUAAGAUUACAGAAGCUACAGUCGAAAUUCUAGUGGCUAAACUUGCAAAAGGAGAGUUAAGUGCAACCGAAGUUGCGAAAGCAUUCUUGAGAAGAGCUGGGUUGGCCCAAAAAGUGACUAAUUGCAUCACUGAAUUACUUCCCGAGCGAGCGCUUUCUCGUGCAAAAUACCUCGACGAAUAUUUGAAAACGAAUGGAAAGACUAUUGGCCCUCUUCACGGUAUACCGAUAAGCGUAAAAGAACAUGUUGGUAUCAAAGACCUGGACCAUAAUGCGGGCUUCGUUGCUUGGGUUGGCAAAACAAGUCCAGUCGAUUCCCAUAUCCUAGAAAUUCUGUUGAAUGCAGGUGCUAUAUUAUACGCUAGGACUACACAGCCUCAAACUUUGAUGCAUUUAGAGACAAGUAACAACAUAUAUGGAGUUACUGUAAACCCAUUCAAUACCACUUUGACUUGCGGUGGCUCUUCAGGUGGUGAAGGGGCGUUAGUUGGAUUUAGGGGUUCGUGUCUUGGUAUCGGUACUGAUAUUGGUGGCUCAAUCCGUUCACCGGCAGCAAAUAAUGGUGUAUAUGGCAUGAAGCCAACAGCUCGUCGCUUACCAGUAGAUGGAUGGACUGCAACUAUGGCUGGUGCCGAGCACAUCGUUCCCACAAUCGGACCAUUAUCAACAAGCUUAGAUGGCUGUAAAGUCUUCAUGAAAGUACUCAUUGAUGCAAAACCAUGGUACAAAGAACCAUCUCUUUUGCCCUUUCCUUGGCGAGAAGAGAAUUUCUUUCCGGGCAAAAAAAUAAAAGUUGCGAUUUUAUGGGAUGAUGGGGUUGUUAAACCACAUCCCCCAGUCACAAGAGCCUUAAAACAAGUCGUGGACAAGCUUAAGACGAAUGCAAAUAUAGAAGUGGUUGAGUGGAAGCCAUAUAAGCAUGAUCUAGCUUGGGAGAUAAUUGCCAAUUUAUAUUUCUCCGAUGGUGGAUCACAAGAACUCGAUGCGCUAAAGGAAUCUGGGGAGCCCCUUCGACCCCUCACUGAGCACAUCAUUAUCCAAAACAAGCAUCUACAAUCUCACAGCAUCGCAUCGAUGUGGAAUUCUCAAGUUCAACGGGAUAUGUAUCGCACUGAAUAUGCAAAUAUUUGGAAUGAAACAGCGACUUCGAAAGGUGCAAAUGGUGAGCUGGAAGGAAUGGUGGACGUUAUACUGUCUCCAGUUGGGCCAGGGAGUGCACCAAAACUAGACACCAGUAAAUGGUGGGGUUACACUUCGCAGUGGAACCUGUUAGAUUAUCCUGCUUUGGUCUUUCCAGUCGACAAGGUUGAUGUGGAAAAGGAUAGUACUGAAGAGACGUACACUCCAAGAAACGACAAGGACAAAUACAAUUGGGAUCUAUGGGAACAACAUGGGGCUGAAGGUUAUAAAGAGGCACCAAUCAGCUUACAGCUGAUAGGAAGACGAUUUGAAGAUGAGAAGGUCAUCCAGGCUUUGGAGAUCAUUCAAGAGCAAACUGGAUUACCGUUUGUUGAAUACAUUUGA